AUGGCUCGUUGGCUCCCUCACCCUGGCCCCGCCACAGUGUCCCAGUGUCUCGAGCUGCUGGGUGCCCAACUGGGCAAAAACAUGAGCACGAGCCGCAACGAGUUUGCCAAUUUGAAGCUGCCAGCCGAUCUUCAAGAAGCCGCUCGCCAGCUCGACGCUGCUGCCAUCUUUGACGUGGUGGAUAGCCAAGGCCGAGUGGCGCUGCACCUCGAUCUCAUGCCCGAGCUGACACGCCUCCAUCGCGUGACCCAACAUCGACGCUCGGGCCUGCUGAGUCUUUUUCUACCUCGAGCCACUUUGGCCCGACUCUUGCAUGGUCUUGUUGACACGUUGGGACACGAUCAAGCCAGCAACGACUUGGUCGUUGGCGUUCUUCAAUCCAAAGCCUUUGCCAAAGCGACCCAAGAACGCGGAAGAGCGGUUGUCAAGUUGCUGGCUAGCCUGCUGGCUGGCGUGGGCAAAAACGGCCAGUUUGGCUCGGACAUGCGCGGCUUUGUGGAGCCUCGACUAGCUGUUCUCAACCUUGGCCUCGCCUCGCUCGGCUUUCAAGUCGAAAUCUGCACCAAGACCACGCGUGACAACAAGCAGCAACACUCGCUGAAGGUUGGCCUCUUGGGUCCGGAUGGCCAUCGGGCUCAAGGUCAGCAACCAGCUCAGCUGCUGGCUGGAGCCGUUGUGCCGUACAUGCGGGCCGUGGCCUCGACCAAUGGCGAUACUUCCGACGCUUUGACCAGCCCACCCCCAACCUGGCCUCAGCAGGAUCCUGCCACCGUUGGCAUGUCGACACCGCUUCCGCCCGAUGUGGUCAGCUGUUCUUCUCAUGCAGACUCUGGUCUGGAUGCUGGAGACGAGGUCGCCGCACCUUCUUCUUCUUCUUCUUCCACUGCAGACUCUGCAGAGGCCAUUGACGAGGACUUUGUUCUGGACGACCUGGACGAUGUUGGCCUUGAUCUUAUUCUGGCUGGCUCCGCUCAGACCACCCCUGAGACCCAAGCGGCGCCGCUCAGGCAGGAUACAAUAAGGCUGGCCCGCACGCACUCGACGGCUGACCCAAUCCUCCCGAGCGAUUCUACCGCCGCCCCACCUCCCAAGCGCUCGCGACCGGCACCCGAAGUUACCACCUCCAACCCGAUGGACCUUUCCGUGAUGGCUACUCGAGCUGUCCAUGAAACGCAAGCCGAUGCUGACAUUGCUAGCAUUCGCAGUGACCUCUUGUCUGUUGAUGCCGAGCCAUCGAUAUCGACGGCGUCGUUGCCCGCAUCUGAACAAGGGCUGGCGUUGCCCGCGCUGCCCGCGUUGCCCGUCGACUUGGUCCGACGCGACAGUCAUUCUAGCGUGGAGGAGCCAUUGCGCUCGACGCCGACGGACGCGCAUUUGGAAGCAUCCCCCGUUGUUGGAGGGUUUUCCACAGCCGUGGCCAACUGGGUCCUCGAGAUGGACGUGGACGUGAACUGGGAGUUGGACGCGUGGGACGUUGGACUCCAACCCCAUUCCCAAUCACAAGGCAUCGGGCUCCAGCCUGUGGCUGCACCACCACGCCCUGAUUUGGAUGUAAAUCAGACACCGAUGGCGGUGGAGGUGCCGCGCUCGGAGUCUCAAAGCCCGCAAUCCUUGGCCAGAUGGCCACGGGGUGCCGUGCGCUUCAACCGAGACUCGCUGCAACCGGCCGCUAGCAUGGCCACAAACACACAGCAAGCACCAUCUUUGGAGCGCCGUGCACCACAACAACCAUUCCGUGGCCGUCCUCUGGCACCCACACCGGAUGAUUUCAGUGGUGGCGUGGGCCAUGCCUUGAACGAUGAUGUCGUGCAAUUGGCUUGGCCAGGCCCUGAGCUGCAGGAGCUGCAGGAGCAGGGCACCAGCGCCCAAGGAUCCGUGACCUCGGGCUUUCAUGCCGAGACAUGGCAAGAACCGACUCCACAACAAGCCGCUGCUGCAAGGGCAGCUGCACGCUUUCAAGGACAGGCAUCGGCAUCAGCCUUUGACGAGGCCGGUAGUCCGUUGCCCCGUGUGGCCACGAUGCCGACCACACCCGUCAUGGUUGAUGGACAGGAACUGGGCGGGUUGCAACAGCACGCCUUGGCCCCACGCACCAGUGAUGCCGCUGAGGCUAGGCCUCAACAAGAUCGCCGCGAUGGCGAUGGCGAUGGCGAUAGCAACCAUGGCUCCCGCCUGUCGCGCGAGACGGAUAAUCAAGAAAUGACUCAAAUAAGAUCCCACCCAGGUCAGAUUUUGGACAGCGCCAAAGUCACCCAUGCUGCGGUCCGCCUGCCCUAUACUGACCUGAUUGCUCACCUCAUCCCUAUUGUUGUUUCACUUCGCAUCGCAGCACGCCAACUUCAACCCCACCUGGAUGAAGCUUCCAGCCUGGACCUGUCCGAGGCUCGGGUCUCUGGACAGCGCCAAACAUUGGACCGACAACAGCUCGAGGAGCUUUCUGGCCCACCGGGUGCCCUUUCCGACUCAGCAGGUCAAACUGGACCGCUUGAUGGCGUUUUCCUGGCAACCCCUACCAUUCAGCCUGUACCGAGCUUUGCUGCCAAUGGCAGCGAAGCUGCUGGUCUAUCCACCAGCUCGGACACUCAGGCUCGAGAGGCCACGGGUGCCAGCGAACGAGCGCUUCAGGCUCAAGGACCCAAGCAACCACAAUCGCGACGUGAUGAUCGACGCGAUGAUCGACUUGCAGAUGCUGCGGCCCAUUGGGCUCUGGCCGGCGAACAGACGGCCGUUUCGGAGCAUCUGAUACUCGAUGAGUUGUCGUCGCCGUCCUCUUCUUUUUUGCAGGGCUGGCCCGAGGCAGUGGCUUUCGACCGUCUUGGUCGCGUCGUUGGCGAUGCCGUCUGUAUGUUGGCAACGGCUGGAAUGUUCAAACGAGCCUUCCGCCCACAACGCGAUCGACCCGCAUCCCAGCCACAAACUGCACGUCGGGCGUCUGGGCGAGGUGCUGCCGAAAGCAUCGACACCGUUGAGGGCUCUGGCUCUGCCAGGCCCAGCAUGGCUGUUCGCGAGUCGCCUCAAUCGACGGCAGCGCGACCUCUCUCGCUGCUGUCGUCGGCGGCCACGCGUUCAGACCAGCGCGCGUCCGACCACGCGCACGGCAACGGUGCCGUGUCUUCUCUGCAAACCCAACCCCGCUUCCAACCCCAGCCCCAGCUUUCUCAGUCAGUCUUCGACACCGUUGAGGGCUCUGGCUCUGCCGGGCCCAGCAUGGCUGUUCGCGAGUCGCCUCAAUCGACGGCAGCGCGACCUCUCUCGCUGCUGUCGUCGGCGACCACGCGUUCAGACCAGCGCGCGUCCGACCACGCGCACGGCAACGGUGCCGUGUCCUUUUUGCAAAAUCAAUCCCAGCCUCGGCUCGCUCAGUCGGCCUCAUUGGCGACUGCGCCUCAAGUGAAAUUGCGAGUGCGCAUUCGCGCCACGCAACACGCUUCAUCCCCUACCGGUCAAGCGUGCUUAGAGCAUUGCCACCGCAUUUCUCAGUCAUGCCUCUCACACAAGUGUCUUGCUGAGCUCGGCUCGACUAAGCUUGAUCUUUCAGCUUGGACCCAGCAGGUGAUCAAGGCAACUCGUUGA